GAGGUUACAUUUUUUUUUUGUCAUAUCACAGAUGGUUUACAUGCUGGUUGUUUGUGGUGUUCAGUGACAGUUGUUAUAGUAGGUCGGGAUUUGUUUUGAUAGUUCGUCAUGGUGCAGAAGUACCAGUCGCCAGUUCGUAUAUACAAAUAUCCAUUCGAGUUGGUCAUGCUGGCGUACGAGCGCAGGUUCCCCACCUGCCCGCAGAUCCCUGUGUUCGUGGGCUGCGAGGUGCUCUCGGACAGCACCAGCCCCGACGGAGCAGUCUGCUUCAAGGAGCGGCGCUGCAAGCUCACGGUCGAUGCCCCCUAUCUCAUUAAAAAGAUAAUAGGUGUGGAUUUUGUGUACUUCAUCCAGAAGAAUGUUUUGGAUCAACGUGCACGCACUCUCAACAUUGAAGCCACAAACGAGACUUUCUCCAACAGGGUAGUAGUUCUGGAAAAGUGCAAAUAUUAUGUGCACCCGGAGAACCAGGACUGGACGUGCUUCGAGCAGAGCGCCAGCCUCGACAUCAAGUCCUUCUUUGGCUUCGAGAACACCAUGGAGAAGCUGGCUAUGAAGCAGUACUCGCAGAACAUCUCGAAGGGCAAGGAGAUCAUAGAGUACUUUGUCAACGAACUGAAGGAAGAGGGAGUAACUUACGUUGCUCCGUGGAUCGAGCCGGACACAUCACUGAACGACUCAAACACGGAACUGAAAGCCAGCCAGGACUCGGAAGAACUCGAGUUAGGAGCCUCUGCCUCGGACUACUCUGUGCCGAAGAAAGGAUCUGUGUCCCACCACAAGACAGAGCAGCAGUUCCAGCUGGAGACGGACUACAUCCAGCGCUGCCUGGGGGAGCUGACGCUGAUCCAGGAGUCGCGCCUGGUGCAGCUGCGAGAGUGGGUGGCAGGCCUGCAGCGCGGCAAGGUGCCCUCCGAUCAGACCCUGCUGCGCUUCCUGCGCGCGCGCGACUUCAACGUGGAGAAGGCGCGCGAGAUGCUGUCCCAGUCGCUGCUGUGGCGCAAGAAGCACCAGGUGGACCGCAUCCUGUCCGAGUACAGCGUGCCGCAGGUCGUCACGGACUACUUCCCCGGCGGCUGGCACAACUGCGACAAAGAUGGGCAACCAUUAUACAUCUUACGGUUGGGUCAGAUGGAUGUGAAAGGCCUCAUCAAGUCUAUUGGCGAAGAAGGACUUCUUCAGUUGACGCUGCACGUGUGCGAGGAGGGCUUGCAGCUGAUGGAGGACGCGACGCGUGCGCUGGGCCGGCCCGUGUCCACCUGGGCCCUGCUCGUGGACCUGGAAGGACUGAACAUGCGCCACCUCUGGCGCCCGGGCAUACGGGCUCUUCUUAAAAUAAUAGAGAUGGUGGAGGCCAACUACCCUGAGACGAUGGGCCGAGUGCUGAUCAUCAGAGCACCGCGCGUCUUCCCCAUCUUGUGGACGCUGGUCAGCACCUUCAUAGAUGACAACACUCGCAGCAAGUUCCUGUUCUACGGAGGGAACGACUACCAGGGGGCGGGCGGCCUGGCGGACUACAUCCCUCCGGAGCACAUCCCUGACUUCCUGGGCGGCCGCUGCAGGACGACGCUGAUCGAGGGCGGGCUGGUGCCCAAGGGCCUCUACAUGUCGGAGGGCGACCAGGAGAAGGAAGGGGGCCUGCUGACGGACGACAGCAUCUACCGCUCCGUCAGCCUGGGCCGGGGCCAGGUGCACGAAGCCCUGAUCACGAUGGACGACCCCGGCAGCGUGAUCACCUGGGACUUCGACGUGAUGCGGCAGGACGUGGCGUUCACGGUGCUGCGCACGCGCGAGCCCGUCCCCGCGCACAGCCCGUCAGGCGCGCUGCAGACCAUCCAGAACAUGAACCCUCUGGCUCCGGACCUGGAGCACCGCUCCGUGAUCGACAAGGCCUGGCAGGAGGGGCGGGACUACUUCCGGGUGGAGCCCGCCCUCGUCUGUCACGACGGGGAGAGCAUCCAGGGCUCGCACGUGGCCAGCCACGUGGGCACGUACGUGCUGCAGUGGAAGCUGCACCUGGCGCAGCCCCAGGACCUGCUGGACUCCAUCACCGCGGCCAAGGCCCAGGUCAUGUACUACUACGAGAAGCUCAGCUCCGCCGACUACAGGGGCUCCAUGUCGAGCCUGCAGUCGGGACACAGCGCCUUCUCGGCCCUGAGCAAGAGCAGUGUUGCCAGCUCGUGCCCCUCCAGAUGAUGCCACGGCGUCUCCUGACGGCAGUUGUCGCCCUGCUCACCCCUCCCGCCCCCCUCCUCGUCCAGUUAGCACUCGCACUAGUACACACAGUGUACGCUCCCCGCUCCCCUUGCUUCGAUAGUUAGUCGGGCGGCGACGUGUCUAGGGGGUGGACCUCUGGAGCAAUAUUACCGCAGUCAUCUGUCAGUCGUACGUUCCAACUUCAAGGACAAAUUUGUAUGUUGUAAAGCUAUUCCUUUUAUUUUUGCUUGAAUUAUUAUUUUCAGUAUUAUUUUGUGUAAGUUACAUAUAUAGGUUGUAGACUUUUUCAAACUUGUGUAUACUUUUCCUGUUAUUUAAAAGCUUACGGUAAUCCUUUUUCUCAUGAUCAUGAUGCAAUGUUUGUAUUGUUGUCUGGGAAAUAUUUAAAAACUAAUAAUUAUCACACUGGACUACCAUGCGGUAGCAAAUUAUAUAUGUUCGUAGUCAGGCUGGGCUUUGAAAUAUUGUACAUAUUUCUUUGUAAUUUGCCAGGGCCAGUUGGUGACAAACAAAGCACAUCAUAAGAAAGCCCAACAGCCAGUCAGGAUGAUCAUUGAAAGUUUAAAGCAACUGCCUAAGAAAUAGUUGCAAAUUGGAAGUUGUGAGAAAACUGGUUGUUAUUUAUUUUAUUUUAUUAAAAACAUUAAAGAAAGCUACAUGUUCUAUUAUAACGUACUAGACAGUGCAGAGAGAUUGAAAAUUAGAGAAAAAACCUAUUUGAAUGGUUUUAAAAGUAGAAAAAAACCCACAAGUUUUUUUUUAAAAGAAACAAUCAUAAGUAUUCAGUGAACAGUUAUAUAUAAAGCAUCGUAAACCUUGUAUUUUGCAUUAAAUUUUCAAAUGGUAAGUGACGUAAGUAAUGGUAUCAUUACUUUCAGUAACAAAAAAUAUAUUUAAUGUUCUUAUUUUCAUUUGGAGUCCAUUAAUUUUUGCUAAUGUUUUUUUUUUGGAACAAAAUACUUUGUAUGUCUAUAAAUGGAGCAGGCAGAUGCUGUGUUUAGUUUUGAUAACUGUUUGGAGGAACUGAGUGUUUGCCGAUGUUUGUCGUUCCCAGCCCCAAUCUGUGAUACUCCCAAGAUGUCGGAUGUGUAGUGGACAGUUUCAAAAUGUGGGGCCUUAUAGUUCUGUACUGUCACAGCUUAAAGCAAAAUGGAGUCUGGAAGCUGUUGUCUGUACAGCUGUUUUUACUGGCUGGCAACUAGUUUCAAACAGUUUAGCGCUGUGGUGGUGACUAUGGCGGAGAGACAGGCUGUUAUCUCAAAAUAUACUUUAACACAAUAUUUACGUAAGCUUUCAUAGAUGACAAUCUAUUAAAUGGUGCUUAUUAAAUAAUAUGCGUCAGUUUAAAUUAGUGAAAAUAAAAAUGAUUUAUAUAACGUUUAAUUUUUAGUCUAUUUCACAAGUUACUAAUUUAGUUGUACACUACAAGGUAGAAGCAAUCCAGCCAAACCAGUAAUAUGUACCUCAUUAAAACAAAACAAAACUUUCUAAGGAUUUUUCAUUGAGGUAUAUUCACUACGUUUGAUGGUUAUUUUCUAACCUGCUUUGUACCAUAAUUUGUGUAUUGCUGCCUGUACGAUAUGAAUAGUGACGUAAGUAUCGUCUUGUGAUGUAUCCUUGAUUCUAGCUGCUCUAUUUUUUUUGCAGUUUUGAGGGAGUUUAGUUGUUUAAGUAUUGAAGAUACUGUUUCUACCUGCGAGUCGGGCAUUUUGGAAAACUAAGUGGAACCCUUAUAUAACAACCAGGGUAGUAGCGAUCCAGGCUACAGCAGUAAAGCUUAAUUACGGUUAUGUACGCCUACAUAGCCUAUGAUAUCACUAUUGUUUAAUACAAUAAUUUGCCAUAGAGUCUGUUAAUUUAUGAUUUUGCUGUGAACUGUUGUAGUGUACAGCUGUUGUUUUUCCCAUUGAGUAAUACAAUAUCACACUGAUUAAAAAGAAAACAUUUCCUGUUGUGCAGCCAGGCAAUAAGUAUUUCAGUUGAAGGUAACUGGAGUUUGACACGGAUGCGUGCAGUAUCACAUCAAACUCAAAAUACGGUCAAGCAGUCGAGACUAAAGGAAUUCACUAUAAUUAUUUUUGGCAUGUUCGAUGUAGUGAUGCACUAGGAAUGUCAGGGGGAGGGUUGAUGAGAGAUUGUACCCACACAAGUGAUGCAAACAGAAGUGCUUCAUAUGUUCAGGCAGUUUCUGUGCUGAUGGUUCACGUAACUGUGUCACUUUGACCGUUUACUUGGCUAGUGUAGGUUUUAGUGUAUGAUAACUCAGAGUUGUUUGUAUGCAGUUGUUUCUUGAUGACUCUCUGCUGUUUAUUCCUCUGUAAGUACUGUCAUGUUUACAAACUACGACUGUGUAGUUAACAAAAAAUCUAAAAAAUUGUUUCAAUUUUUUAUUUUUUUUUUGGAACCCAAGUUCUAGAUUACCAUAAUACAGCCUUUAAUUCUUCUUUUAAGGUCCAGUCUCUCAUGCAAUGUCAGUAGAUUUUACUUAGUGUUAUCUUAUAGCAGUAAAAUAGCACCCAAUUCUUCAUACGGUAAUUACAAUCAUUUGUGUGACAUUUGGCAAUUUUCUAAAAAUGUAUAAUUUUCGAUCAAGCAACAAAUUGAAAGAGCUUUUGCAGUAAAUGUACAGGAAUAGCUCUUAUCUAACAGUAAAGACAAGAAAAUGGAAUAACCAACGUGAGCGUAAGACUGAGUCGUAAGUGAAUUAAAUGGUAAAGGUAAAUAAUAAAUUAAAUUCAAGCAAUAAUAUACAAAUAGUAUUUUAUUUCAUUAGGUAAAAAGAGAAAGAAAAAAAAGUUUGUUGAAUUGAGGUCACAUAAUUGUGAAGUUUUAAGAAAUGCUAUGUUAAAUACAUAGUAGAUUUUACAAGGAGGGAAGUAAAAGCACCUAUUUUAUUCGAACACCAAAACUUCAGUGUGUGUGAGACAAAUUAGAUUUAAUUAAGUUUCUUAAGUGCCAAAAAUCCAUAGAUUUUCUUGUUCAUCUGCUUGUACCAUUUGAAAAAUUCUGUCCAUGCUUUUCAGGAAUGGUUAAAAUGUUUGUUAUUUAUUGCUGCAGUUUUUAUGGAUGAAACCAAAGAAUUUAGCAUAUUGAAUGGCUGUUGUUGAUUCGAGAGACGGGAGCUCUCAAACAUGUCCAGAUGAUGUCCAGAUGGUACUGAUGUAGUGAUGUGUGAUGAAUCCAUCCAGCGUAGAGGUUAGCGCUUGUGACGUAGAGCGUCACUUGAAAGGCAGAGAUAUUUUUGUGUACUUUUGUUUUGAGUGAAGUUUCAACUGAUUUAUCAGUAUUUAGAAACAUAUUUUUUAUAAUGUUCAAGUGAAAUAACUGUUGAGUAAUGCCACAUGUUGACCGUGAGGAAAAAAAAAACAAUGUAAAUAUUUUAGAUCUGUAUAAAAAUUUACUGUGUUGUAA